UAGAGCAUAGGUUUCGUCCCACAUUGUGUUGCUGACUACAACAAUAUCACUUACCGAGUAUGUGAAUCAGUGAUUCAGGAGCAGUAGUUAAUGCUUGCAUACAGCAAACUGAAGGACCGAUAACGACAUCAAGAUGGAAGAGAGCAGAAGUAUCUCCACUGGUCAAACAUUUACCGAUCGAAUCUGCUUCUGGGGAAAGACUGAGCCUGACACGCCCGCCUUCAUUUUCUGGAGCAAGAAUGGCAGACAUGUCUUGUCACGGGGAGAAGUCCUGGAUCUGUCUAGUAGGUUUGCCUUCAGACUGACUGAACUUGGUGUUCAGCCUGGAGAUGUGGUGUGCAUUGCUCUUCCCAACUGUCCAGAAAGAAUCAUAGUUGAUUUCGGUGUACACUUAGCCGGAGCUGUUACAAUGAACGGCCAGACUCUACGUUCUGAUGGUCAAGAUAUUAUUGAAUCAAUGUGCAAAGCGAAAUGCAGAGUUCUUAUCGCUGAUCCAGAUCAAGACAACGGCGCAUGUAGUAUAUGUAAGCAGCGGUUUGAGUUGGUAUCUGAUAACAAACACAGUUCUGUUAUCAAGAGCGAAGAUGUCCCAAGUUUGAUGCAUAUGGUAUAUUGCAGAGCCAGAAAGUCUGAAUUCCUGACAUCUCUUCCAAGUGAUACAUAUAUCAGUAGGAGUAGAAAGCCCACAGAUAUCGCAUCUAUAUUUACCACUUCAGGAAGUUCUGGAUACAGCAAGCUGGUUCAACACACACACAAGGCUCUUCUGGUCAUUUGUCACAGGUUAAGAGAAAUCACCGGAAUACGUAGCAAGGAAGAUAUUUCUUUUACUACAGCUCCUCUUGGGUGGAUUGGCGGCUUCCCGGCAUAUUUCCUGUACUCUGGCGCUCCGACUGUCAUCAUCGAUGACACAAUUGGAGGAGAAGCUGACAUGCUCAAGUUCAUCUGGAACAUAAUCUGUGAUGAAAAUGUAUCCAUUGGAGGCUUUGCAUCAUUCCAGCUACUGGGCAUUUUCAGUCGAAGAGAGCUUUGGGAAUCUUCAGGAAAGAAACUGAAGAAGGUUUUAACUGGUGGGCAGCCUCUCAAGAGAGAAUGCCUUGAUGCAGUAGGUAAUCUGUCAGACUCUAUACUGAAUUUCUAUGCCUCAACAGAAGUUGGCGUAAUUUGUGUUGUUGAGCUCAAUGAAAGUAAUAAACAUGAAUUCAAGAACAAUAUGACAUUGAACCCGGUGUCGGGAAUGGAGAUGCGUGUGGUUGAUUCAGAGCUGAAAGACGUGGCUGGUGAAACACGUGGGGAGAUCGUUGUACGCUCCGAGACUCUAACUGUGGGAUACAUUGGAGACACUGGGUCAAACGCUUCGUUUCUUCCAGAUGGUUGGUUUCGUACGGAUGAUGUGGGUUACGUUGACGCGAGAGGUGGUUUUUGUGUGGAAGGGAGAAGUUCAGACGCCAUCAUGCAUGGAGCCUACAUCCUCUACCCGACGUGGCUGGAGGAGAAACUUGCCUCAUGUCCUGGAGUCCAACAGCUUGUCAUUGUUCCUGUGCCAGACAAGCUUGUGCACCAAGAAAUAUGUGCCUGCGUCAAAAGGAGUGAAGGAUCUCUGUCAAGAGAAGAAGACAUCCUCCAUUUUGCUAAAGCUGCAAUCACAGGGAACAUUCCUUCCGCCAUGAACGUAGUUCCGAAAUACGUUGUAUUCUUUGAGGAGUUCCCUCUCACAAGAAGCCUUAAACUGAACCGAAAGGAGCUGGCAAAACUCGCCCGAGAGAGGCUUCAGUUAUAGUUGCCGUAGUCUUCGUCAUAUAUUUCAAAAUGUGCGGUCAACAUAUGUUGUUGAAUACGAUAAACAAAAUGGCACAACUGCCCAACAGUAAGCAGUACUCAAGACAUGUAGAGAUAUUUUAAUUAGUUUCACGAAUACCAUGUACUAUUUGCAACAGAAGCUUUACAUUCCAGUGAUAUGCAGACAUUUUUCGCAAUUAAACCAAUCACACCCGGUCGCACGAAUGCAAUUAAUUACGUCUUCCCUGACUGCCGUUUCUAUGUUUAUGAAUAUCAUCCCAUUGGCGUGCUCAUUGACCAGUAUUGCUCAUACAGAAUGCGAUUAUAUAUUCGCUAUUAUUAGUUACCCGUUGAAGAUAUCACUGUUAAAUACAUCUACAAUGUUAUUACACAUUGUGUAACAAGCGAAAGCGAGAUAGAUACCAAUUCCAUUCACAUGUUUCAUAAAUAUGGUAUUACACGGGACAUCGUUUAGUAUUCUCUACGUAUAUGCACAAUAUUGAGAAUACUCGGAUUGCCAGAUAUUCUUCAUAUACAGAUCGCCCUGAUCAUACUAGCCAGCAAGUACACAAUUGUUAAUGAUGAGUUGCUCUUAAUUUACCGACAUAAUAUUCAAUGUACUUAGAGGUUUAUCAGAUAAAUAAAUGUUUAAAUGUG